AUGAGCACCUGCUCCCCAAAUGUCAGGAAAAAGGAGGAGUCAGCAGAAGAGCAAGGAGGACAUGAUAUCCGCUAUGAUGAUAACGAGCAUGAUGAUGAUGGCAAUGAGGGUAAUGAUGAUGAGGAGGAGGACAAUGACAACAAUGGAGAUGAUGAUGACAAUUAUGAUGAUGAUGACGAAGUUGACAAUGAGGAGGAUGACAAUGACAACAAGGGGGAUGAUGAUGACGAUGAGGAGGAGGAGGAGGACAAUGACAACAGGAAUGAUGGUGCUGAGAAUACAGCAGAGAAAAAGACAGACGAGAUCCCUACUUUCCUGGAGCGAAAAGACAGUAAGACAGGUGUAGUUAAUUUAAUUCCUAUCUACUCCAUCCGCCCCACAGCGAGUCACUGUGGGGCCUCCAGCCUGCCUUUCAGCCCCUCGGAGGACCGAGUCUACCGCAGGCUCCGUGGGAUCGGGGUAAAUAAUAAGCAGUCAGAGGAGGGCGCCACAGCAUCACAGAGCCUCUCUAGACGGGACCUCGAGGAGCUGCGUCUGUGUGAGCCCCUGGCCGAGAGGUGGAAGUGCUCCAUCCUGGUGGGACAUGAGAUACCAGAGUCUUCUAAGAACAUCCCCAUUACUGGGCUGGGCGAGCAGGCUCCCACGGCCCUCAAAAGCCAGCCCUUCUCCCACCCGUGCGCCCCACCCCGAGCCCUCUCAACAUUGCUUGCCCACGUGGGUGUGGUCGUGGCCCGUCAGCACCCUGAAGGUUCCAUCACAGCGAGCAGGUUGCUGAACUCUUUGUCGGUGGAUCCUGACGCCGAGUGCAAGUAUGGCCUGUACUUCCGGGACGGCAAGCGGAAGGUAGACUACAUCCUGGUGUACCACCACAAGCGGUCCUCAGGCAGCAGGACUCUGGCCAGGCGGGUCCAGCACAGCGACACGGUCCCAGCAGCUCGCAGCAUCAAGCAGGACCAGCCCCUGCCGGGGAAGGGGACCCCAGUGGAGGCGCAGACGACCCGGAGCAGAAGCGACAGCCUCUCGCAUACUGACCCCUGCUGCACCAUGGUGUCCCCCACCCCCAGAAAGCAGGUCUGGUGGUGCCCCAAGUGUGCAGACGAGGAACCAGAGCUCAAAGAGGUUAAAUCGCUUGGUGGAGACCACACCGAGCUGCCCCUCCUGCAGCAGAAGAACCUGGCUCUUGUCCCCGAGCUCCAGCUGCCCCUUCUGGCCUGUGCUGAGAUGCAUCAGUCACAGAGGGGGCUCAAGGCCAUGGCUGUGUCCUCCAGCCCUGGACCACCGCAUCAGUGGCCUGCGCGGCCCCCACCAGGAGCUGGGAAUGCCCCAGGUCCUGAUAGGACCAAAAUUCACGGGAUUGGGUUUGUCAAAAUCCAUGCCCCCUGGAACGUCCUCUGCAGAGAAGCUGAAUUUUUGAAACUCAAGAUGCCUACAAAGAAGAUGUACCACAUCAAUGAGACCCGCGGCCUCCUGAAAAAGAUCAACUCGGUGCUCCAGAAAAUCACGGACCCCAUCCAGCCCCGGGUGGCCGAGCACAGGCCCCAGGCCACCAAGAGACUGUCCUACCCCUUCUCCCGGGAGAAGCAGCACCUAUUUGACCUGUCUGAUAAGGAUUCCUUUUUCGACAGCAAAACCCGGAGCACAAUAGCCUGUCCUCGGGCAGGCAUCACGAGCCUGCUGGCCAAUGGAGUCUACUCAGCCGCGUACCCACUACACGAUGGAGACUACGAAGGUGAAAACACGGAGUUCAACGACAGAAAACUCCUGUACGAAGAGUGGGCAAGUUACGGGGUCUUCUACAAAUACCAGCCCAUCGAUCUGGUCAGCUGGGAGGCAGUGAGGAAGCGGGGCACAGAGGGGGCACUGCAGUUUGGCGCGGAUGACCCGCCUCUGAGACCAGAGCCCGGAUUCUGUGGCCUUCCCACGGGGCUGGGUUCCCCACCUGCCCCAGAUCAUCCCAGAGCCGAAUAUGAAGCCAGAGUUCUGAAGAAGUCACUUAGGAAAGAAUCCAAAAGCAAAGAGAAGCGCCGCCAUAUUCCAGAGGAGUCAACUAACAAAUGGAAGCAGAGGGUUAAGACCGCCAUGGCGGGUGUGAAAUUGACGGACAAGGUGAAGCUGACCUGGCGAGACCGCUUCCCAGCCUACUUCACCAGCCUGGUCUCCAUCAUCUUCAUGAUUGCCGUGACCUUCGCUAUUGUCCUUGGGGUCAUCAUCUACCGAAUCUCUACGGCUGCCGCCUUGGCCAUGAACUCCUCACCCUCCGUGCGGUCCAACAUCCGUGUCACGGUCACGGCCACCGCGGUCAUCAUCAACCUGGUGGUCAUCAUCCUGCUGGACGAGGUCUAUGGCUGCAUAGCGCGGUGGCUCACAAAGAUUGAGGUCCCAAAGACAGAGAAGAGCUUCGAGGAGAGGCUCAUCUUCAAGGCGUUCCUGCUCAAGUUUGUCAAUUCCUACACCCCCAUCUUCUACGUGGCUUUCUUCAAAGGCCGGGGCUGGGGCCAUCCCUCGCGGUGGCGGGGCGGGCGCUGACUGGCUCUGUGUCUGCAGUGUGCGCCCGGUGGCUGUCUAAUGGAGCUUUGCAUCCAGCUCAGCAUCAUCAUGCUGGGCAAGCAGCUCAUCCAGAACAACCUCUUUGAGAUCGGCAUCCCCUUAUUUAAAAUGCUGGCUCCCAGGCCCAUCCCUGGCCUGUGGGGCAAGGCCUGGGACUCUGCGUUUUUAACAAACGCCGGGGCGGCGGCGACGCUGACCGGGCCCUGUCUUACAGUCAUCCAGUUUGGGUUUGUCACCUUGUUUGUCGCGUCCUUCCCUCUGGCCCCGCUGUUCGCUCUGCUCAACAACAUCAUCGAGAUCCGCCUGGACGCCAAGAAGUUUGUCACUGAGCUCCGGAGGCCAGUGGCUGUCAGAGCCAAAGACAUCGGAAUCUGGUACAAUAUUCUCAGAGGUGUGGGGAAGCUGGCAGUCAUCAUCAAUGCCUUUGUGAUUUCCUUCACGUCUGACUUCAUCCCGCGCCUGGUGUACCUGUACAUGUACAGCGAGAACGGGACCAUGCACGGCUUCGUCAACCACACUCUCUCCUCCUUCAACGUCAGUGACUUCCAGAAUGGCACAGCCCCCAACGACCCCCUGGACCUGGGCUACGAGGUGCACAUCUGCAGGGGCAGCACCUGCUCUGGGACCCUGCACGGCAUUGAAGGAACGAGCUACAGCCAUGUCUCUGAACUAGAAAGGAACCUGGUCAUGUUCAUGAGUGACUUCGUGGACUGGGUCAUCCCGGACAUCCCCAAGGACAUCAGCCAGCAGAUCCACAAGGAGAAGGUGCUCAUGGUGGAGCUGUUCAUGCGGGAGGAGCAGGGGAAGCAGCAGCUGCUGGAGACCUGGAUGGAGAAGGACCGCAAGCGGGACGAGCCGUGCAACAACCACAGCGCCAAAGCCGGCCUGGACAGCCCCACCUUCCACGGGGGCGCCCUGUAG